AUGCCGAAGAAAAGAAAUAAGAAGGCCCAAAAGGCCAACAAGAGCGCACGCGAUAUCCAAACACCUGUUUCCGACAGAGAGAAUAACGUUGAUUCUGAAAGGGCCAUACCGAAGCAGAGAACGGAUCCCGAAGCAGAAUCUAGUCGAAAUAAAAUAGGCAAAAAAGCCGAUGUAAGGACUAGGUUUGCUAGGAGCCCAACUCGAGAAGGAGACUUUGCACCAAAUGCAAGCGACUACGAUUCAGAUGACCGAACAGAUCUGGAAUCGAAUGAUGCUUCCGAUCAAGACAGACCAACUGAGCAGCAGCCAGAUCCUCUGAGCUCUUGGGUGAAGGAUGUCAUUCGACGCGAAACAUCGAAAGAGUCAGAGAGAAUGGUGGAGGAAUUUUUCACGGCCCAAGAGCCUGCCUACGAAAACUGCGAAGCGUUCUUCCACAGGCUCAAUCAACUUAUCCGAGGUGCCAAUGAGCGGAAUGAUGUCACAGAUAUUGAUGUUGGUACUAUUCCCGCGACUGGUUAUAAUGGCCUAUGCCAGACUUGGCAGCAAGCAGCAAACAAAGCGGUCGCAGAUCAUUCCUCGGAUGAAUUUUGGUCUGCCUUCAAUCAGACUCGCGAUCUUCUAAAGCUUUUCAACAAAAGGCAUCAUCUUCCACGAACCUGGAAUAUUAGCCAGGAAUGGGCAGAGCAAAUGAUUGGGGUAUCGAAUCCCAGAGCUGAAAAUGAUUCUGAGUCUACUAGCGACGAUGGUCAAUCCGCUCUGACCGAUCAGCCCGCAACGAGCGAAAGACUCAGUGUCGGCUCCGAUAUUGAUUCCGAUGACAACGAUCAGACCGGGCUUGAUGCCUUGGAAGCGAGAACUAUGAAGCAGCAACGCCGACUAACAUCUGCCAAAGUCUUAUACUGGUGGCCAAAAGGUACCGGUUCUCAAAUUUUUGUGCGAUAUGGAGACCGGACGACCCCGAUUUAUCGUAUUCGGGCGGGGUCUCACGAGAGCUACAGUCCUCACACAGUCGAACGUGUCCUGACUACAAAAACACGUGGCAACGUCAAAAUAACCGGGACUAAAAACGGUCUCCCAGAGGAAUUCUGGAAAUACAAACGCAAAGAUGUGGAGAACAUCCUUGGAGUUGGUUGGAAGAUCGAAGAUGAUGAUGAAGAGGGCCUCAAUCCUCUCAAUCUACUGCAGCCUGCAAAGGGCGCAUCCUAUCCACACACGCGCGCACUGGUGAAAUGGAGAGAUGGUGUGAUAACAUUAGAAGGACGUUCAUUCAUUCGUCGUAUUUCCACUGGCUCGGCACUAGACGGCGAUCGAGUGAUAUAUCAGAAAGCCGAAGAACUCGAGACGGCUUACCGCGAGCGGCACGGGCUGGAGGAUCUCGUCGAUGACCACUACGAUGAUGAAGACAGCGAUAUAGGAGUCAGUCAUGGUAGAAGAUAUCGAAGCGAGCCUGCACGUUACUCAAGGUCAGUCAGGGCGAAGACUAGAAAUCACUUCCGCUAUGAUUCUAGUGAAGACAGUGACUCUGAAAGCGAUGCAGCCGCGCAGCCACACAACAGCCGGUACACGAGACACCGCAGUGAGCCCGAUCGCCGUCCAAUGAGGCGCACAGGCAAGGCAAAGUCGAAGACUGAAAAAGAUGACGCAUUGAUUAAGAAACUAGAAAGAGAGAUCCAGCGACUAAAGGUGGGAAGAUCGAAAUCCCCCGAAGAACGUCGAAGGUCGCAUGGUCGUGAGCGCACAAUUUGA